AAACAUUGCCUUCAUUAGAGUAUUAGAGCUCAACGGGAAAUGACUGAUCGCCAAAUUGAAGCGAAGCCGGCGGAUGUUGUACGAAUUUGCGUUAUAGAGUUGAGUGAGUGCGAUGAGGUGCUCAAGUUCCUCCGUAUACAUUUCUAUCCAGAUGAACCGUUGAAUGUUGGUAGCGCACAAAAACAUCCGGAUCCGGAAGAUGAGGAAUUCAAUAUAUCGCAAAUAACGCAUGGAAGCAGUUUAAUGGCAGUGCAACAGCAAAUAGUUAACGGUGUACUAAGAGAACGUAUAGUUGGCGUUUUGUUGUCCGGCCCCAAGUACAGUAAUGAAGCUAAGCAUUUAUUUAGUGAGGCCGUCCGUCACGGUUCCAGCAAUUGGGGCAUGAUCGUCAGGAUAUUGGCCCAAGCCGAGCGCGACUCUAAUGUCUUCGUGCGUUAUAAUGUUGAGAAAGCGUUGCAUAUUCACGUCGUGGCUGUCGAUGGGAGUUUACGUGGACGUGCGAUUGGCAUGAGACUUAUAGAGAAGUUGAAAGACUUGGGUCGUCAGCUUGGCUAUCCACUGGUGACUUUGGACUGCACGAGUUUUUAUUCGUCGAAGUUAACGGAACGCUUGGGUAUGGAUUGUGUGAAUGUCAUUAAGUAUGCAGAUUAUGUGGAUAAGGAGGGUAAGGUGGUGUAUAAACCGCCAUUGCCACAUGAAUAUCUGAAAACGUAUGCUGCGCGGCUAUAAUUAUUAAGAUCACUGUAACAUUACAUAUAUGCCGAUUUUAUGUUUAUUAAGUUCCAAAGUGUAAUUUAGUCGAUUUCCAUCAUUGAAUUAUAAAUAAAAGUAUGUGUUUGUAAGGUUU